UUAAGUUUUUAAAGAGCGCACCAGCUGGUAAAUAUUUUUCAAAUACACAUUCUUGUUUACUUCCUUCAUAAUGUGUGACAGAAUGGCAGACGAUACUUUUUGCGAUGUUGAAAAAAUGAUAAAUGAUGGUCUACAUAGUAUGGUCCUUGCAAUAGGGUACAAAGUUGGAAUCGUUUCUGUUAUAAUGGAUACAGUCGAGCCAUGUACUGCUGAAGAAAUUAGCAGUAAGGCCAAUUUGAAUAAACGGUAUGUAGAGGAAUGGCUGAUUUGUAUGACUGCCAAAGGGGUUGUGAAAAUAGAUGAUGGAAAAUAUUAUUUUCCAAAUAAGAAACAGAUACACGAGGCUGCAUUUGUAUCCACAAUGCUCCCAAUAUUUGCAGAAUGCUUCCCAGAUUUGGAAAAAGUUAUGAGAAAUAAGACAGAAAAUAAAGGCUAUCCAUUUCCCCAAAAAGCAUUAGUAUGGGAAGGACAGUAUAAAGAGCUCUCCAGCUUUCAUGAUGUUACAUGGCUCGAAGAUAAUGUCAAACCUGUGAUAAAUUCAUACUUUAAAGACAACAAGAUAAACGCAGAGACUUUCAACAUCUUAGAUUUUGGAUGUGGAUAUGGUAAACUGGCUUUUUCGUUAGCAAAAACAUAUAGUAAGGGUUUGGUAUGGGGUGUGGACAUAGAUGAAGCUGCCAUUGAUGCUGGUAGGAAUAAAGCACAAAAGAACUCUUGCUCAAAUGUUUUCUUUGAGAAGAUUGUUGAUAGUAAUAUGCCGGAUCUUUGGAAAGACAAAUUCGACAUCAUUAUUAUGUCAGAUGUAUUACAUGAUCUGCCAGACCCGAACACAAUUAUGGCGAAUUUCAGAACAGUAUUAAAACCCGGUGGUUAUGUUAUAGCUUUUGAUCCACCUAUUUACUCUGAUCACAAAAAAAAUGUUGGUUAUAACGACGCAAUAGAUUUUAUGCCCUACAGUGUAUUUACAUGUUUACCUAACAGCAUGUCAGAAAAGCCAGCGAUUGGUCAUGGGAUCGGAUGGGGUUAUGAAGAUAAAUUAAAGUAUAUCGAAAGUCAGGGAUUUCAAGUUCUGGCAACAGAUGGAGAAGAUGUCGAAUUUCCAAAGUGGAGAAUUGUGUUCAAACAGAGAGUAUGAAAUGCUUUUUGUCAUACUAGUAAUUGAUAUUGGAACACUUUUAGUGACAAUUCAUUCGUUUUCAAUUAAAAUUAUUUUUUUCUUAACAAAUAUUGUAUUCAUCAUGACAUAUCAUAAAAUAAAUGUUUUACCACAAUUUCAAAUAAUCAUGUACAAACGAUUAAAAAAGAGAAACACAUUUUGGCAACCAAGGAGUCCACUCUCCAUCAAAACCUAAGGACAGUGAUGUUUAAGAUAAGUGCGAGGUCUUUGAUAAUGAACAAAACGCUUACUGUAGAGUAUAGUAUGUUACAAAUAAAUUUAACAGAGAUAUUAUAGCUGUAGCUGUGUACUAUGGACACGCCAUUCGUUUACUCACCAGUGACGAUAGAAUAAAAUGAUAAACAAGCCAAAUAAAAUAAAAAAGUUGAAGGCAUUGAGGACUAAACAUUCCGAAAGGUUUUACCAUAAACAUGUACGCCUAUAGUAAUAUAUUUUUGGGAAAGAAAAUAAAAGACACAGGAAUAAGAAGAUGUGACCAAUUCAAAUGAUAAAGCAAACGACAUGACUUCAGUUUAUAACAUUAAACUAUGAACUCUG